AACGUGGAUAUAAUUGAGGUGGACUUCAGAGCCACUACAAAGACAGCAAAGAGCCCACCACUAGUGGUGUUCCAAGUUACUCUGGAUUACUUGGCUUUGUGCCAAGAGGCUUUGCCCCACUGAGUCCUGGAACUUCUACACAGAAAGAGACACACACUCACUGACGCUGCCUCCCAGGCCUGGGACUGAGACUCUGGGACUCGGGUGUCCCUUUCAAGAGCAGCCAAUCAGCCUUAUAAUGUCUUCGCGACCCGCCCGGACUCAUAUUCCUCAGACCCCGAGAAUAUGGGUCCUGAGACCCGCAUCCCUCCUCCUGCUGCUCCUGGGGGCCCUGGCCCUGAGCGAGACCCGGGCGGGCCUCCACUCGCUGAGAUAUUUCAACACCGCCGUGUCCGGGCCCAGUCGCGGGGAAUACCGGUACAUCCACGUCGGCUACGUGGACGACACGCAGUUCGUGCGAUUUGACAGCCACGACAAGAGCCCGAGGCCGGAGCAGCCGUGGGUGCAGCGGCCGUGGCUGGCGGACGAGCCACAGCAUUGGGACCGUUACAUGCGCAACGCGAGGGACAACGCGCAGAAUUUCCGAGUGAGCCUCAUCAACCUGCGCGGCUACUACAACCAGAGCGAGGAAGGGUCUCACACCAUCCAGUGGCUGUACGGCUGCGACGUGGGACCCGACGGGCGGUUCCUCCGCGGAUACUCUCAGUUCGCCUACGACGGCGCCGACUACCUCUCCCUGAGCGAAGACCUGCGCUCCUGGACCGCGGCCGACAGCGCGGCGCAGAUCACCCGGCGCAAGUGGGAGGAGGCCGGCGAGGCGGAGCACUACAGGACCUUCCUGGCCUGGGAGUGCGUGCAGUGGCUCCGCAGCAACCUGCAGGCGGUGCCGCGCGCAGCCCCUCCGGAGACACACGUGACCCAUCACCCCAUCUCUGAGCGUGAGGUCACCCUGCGGUGCUGGGCCCGGGGCUUCUACCCUGCGGAGAUCGCCCUGACCUGGCAGCGUGAGGGGGAGGAGAUGACCCAGGACAUGGAGCUGGUGGAGACCAGGCCUGGCGGGGACGGGACCUUCCAGAAGUGGGCAGCCGUGGUGGUGCCUUCUGGAGAGGAGCAGAGAUACACGUGCCGUGUGCAGCACGAGGGGCUGCCCGCGCCGCUGACCGUGAGAUGGGUGCCACCCUCUCAGCCCAAAGCUGGCCUGGUGCUCCUUGGAGCAGCGGUGGCUGGAGCUGUGGUCGCUGGAGCUGCGGUCGCUGGAGGUGUGAUGCGGCGGAGGAAGCUCUCAGUUACAGGUCAGAAGUGAAGGUCCCUGCUGAGGACAGGCACCAUCCAAGUCUCCAUACAGGAUGAGACAGCCGCCUUCAGGGAAUCGGUGAUGGAAGAUACUUCGGACACACACACACACACCUGCCAACCCACUGUUUGUGACUUCAGGGACAUCUAUCUCAUUUUUCUUUCUGCAUCUGAAUGUGUGUGCGUUCCUAUCAGCAAAAUGAGAGGAGGUGGGAGGCCGGCCUUCCCUUGCCCACCACCACCCUUCCCACGCCUUCCUGUCCAGCAGCGGGGUGGGGGGCAGGGGUGGGGCCCUCCCCUCU